UGUUUUUAUUUUUAUCAUUUCAAAGCUAAUCUCUACCUGGAGUCAUAAGGAAACAUCAAAGCCCUAAAAACAGGAAUAAAAAGAGUCUUGUAAAAUGUGGCGUUUCAGCCCUCCAUCCACACCCAACAGGCUUUAGUGCAACUUUAAUGGCCAUUGCCAAUAAAAAAAGAUUCCUUUUGUUUGCACAUUAUAACAGCAUGACAAUAAAGCGAGGAAUGGAAUAAAAUCCGGGGUGGAAGGACCGACAGGGUGUUGCCAGGAACAGGUAAAUAAAACCUGAAGAAGGAAAGAAAAAAGUUAUUUUGGGGCCAAGAAGUUGUAAAAGUUUCCUGUUGGGCCGUUUAAGAGCGGCUGAGCAUUCAGACCGGCUUUCAUAGCCUCACAUUCACACACACUGAUCACAGCAGGGAAAGCUCCGACAGAUAACAUAACAAACACAAAGUUAAAGGUUUACCUGAGAAGACCAUCAAAAUGAAGUUAAUGGUCAGUAUCGCUCUUUUAUUCUUGCUGCCCUCCUAUGCAAGCCAAACAUCAGUCGUCCACAUCGAGUCCACCCCCAAACCAAGCACUGAUGGGGUAAUCCAGACUGAGACUGAAAAGAUAGUGUCUCUGGUCUGUAUUCUUACUGGCACUGUCGACAAUAAGGAGCUGGAAUGGCGGAGAAAUGGCGCUGUGAUUAAACUGGAUGAUGGAAACAAGGAGAAUCGUAGCAGCGUGUGCAUCAAUCCCGUCAUCUAUAAGGAUGAGGGCGCCAAGUUCACCUGCCAACUGAAGAGCAAUUCCUCCCAUUCGGCCUCGGUCACCCUCAAUGUCACAUAUCUCGCCGAGAUCUCUGGUUCAGAGAACGUUACACUGGAAGAGGAGGAAUCACUGGACCUCCAAUGUGACAUGAGGGCCAACCCUUUGGUAACGUCAGUGACGUGGAAACUAAACGGAGCCCUAGUGGAUCUAUCGACAGGUGGCUUCAUCGUAUCCAACAACGGCGUUAACACCAAGCUACAUGUCAAGAAAGUAGACAGAAGCCUGCAUGAAGGCGAGUACCAGUGCACGAUAGCCUCUCCCGCCUAUGAAGAGCGCAGCAGGACUUUCCAAGUCACUGUCACAGAUAAGACCUUAAAGUUCCCACUGAUGCCGAUGAUUGCGGGGCUGGUGGUGGUGGGCCUCACGGCUCUUCUUGCCAUAGUUUCACGAUGGCGGAUAAUUGCACGGUGGUUCAAAAAGUGAUCCAAAAGAACCUGGUCGUCUGCGUUGUCAUCAAGCGAGACCAUCGAUGAAGCCUUCUGCGUGGUGCAAGGGAUUUUGAUCACCCAGUUCUAUGGCUUUUUCUUAUUUGAUUUCUUACAUUUUUGGACUUUGUCCGAAGCUAGACGCUCUCCCCACCUAAUAAGUAAACAAAUAAAUAAAACAGUUGUAUUUCCUGGAAGAAUUGAACAUAUCAGUCAGUACGUUUUAAAUGGCAUUAAGUUAGUUUAGUUUCAUUUUAAUAGAUUCAAACAAGAUUUGUUAUUCUAUUGUGUUUCCAUUAUUUUCUUUUUAGUUCAGGCUACAAUCAUCACGUUGUUCCCUUGUUUCUGGGGAAGACAGAAGAGUUGGCUUUCCCACACUAACAGCUCAAUAAGCAUUUGUCCUGUGCUAAAUAUUCAAAUGCAUGUCAAACUCUGACAAAUGUACAAACUUGUGUAUACUGUAAGGGAUAUAGGAAACACACUAUAAUGAGGGAUUUCAGAAUCAUAUAAUGAGGCAUUAAAUGUACUAUAACCUGCUGUCACGGAAGAAAUAAACCUGUUUAUCUGUUCCAGAAAGAAAAAAACGAAAUUAUUCAUGAAUACAAUUUAAGUUGAGCAAUAUUAAAAGAAAUACAAUGUAAAUACAGAGUCAGCAGAGAAAGAAAGGAUUUAACUUAAGUUAAUAUGACUGAGUUUGUGUUUGAUGCUUGGUUAGGACAAAAAAUAAAAUAAAAUAAAAUUCAAAAUCAAGCUGUGUUAAAUUUUGGUUUGGAAUUAAACUGGGUUUCUUCAUUCUAGCUUAGUAGAUAUAAAUAUUGACAACUUUUGAUGUUAGCAAUGAUUUAAUACAAAAUUCAUAUGUUGACCUGUUAUUUAGGGUUGAUAGCGCUAAAUCAAGACAGGUACUUCCAAAAAGAGAUUGUAUUUCAAAAAUGUUUUUUUUAAACUAUUGACUCUUUUUACAUUUUAAAUGCAGGAAGAGCAUUUAUGGGUAUAAGUUUUCUCUUUAAACACUAAGCACCUUUUUGAAUUUUUAAAUAUUUAACCUGUUUAUCAAUGCAAAUGUGUAUUUAAUGUUGCUUGUUGUGGUCAGUUGUCAUCAUAUUUAUGUAUAGUCGUAUAAUGUAUAAGUAGAAGUACUCAUAUUUCUUUUUUUGUACAAAGUAUAGACAGAAAUUAGUGAUUCUCAAGAAACUGUGCUAUCAGCUAAAAGACAAAAAUCAGUAGCUCUCUGAUUGUUCAGAUAACUAUUUUAAAGCCUCUCCUUGUGUAAUAACAUAUGAAUUUAAUUCAACCAGCAAAAUAUAUUUUGGUGUCUUGGAAAGCAUUAUUUUUUAAUGUAAUUUCUCUGAGGUCCACAUGUCCACUGAACUUUAGCUCCUGACUCAACAAUAAAGCCCAGGCUUGUUAAAAUCAUGUUAUACAUUUACUCUUAAUGUGACAAAGGGACAGGGAUUAUGAGGUUGUGUGGUUCAAGGUCUGGAUCUUAGUGUUCCUGCCCAUGAACAAACACUUUGGAGGCUUGCAUAAAAGAAGGCAACACCAGCUGUUCUGAUGUAAACCACAUGUUGAUUAAAUAAACAAAACUAAUACAUA